CUUUCACUCCAUCCGCGAUUAAUUACGAAGACGAUUGUGUACGCGCAGCGCUUCUAUUUACUCAACUGCUUCGCCCGCCGAAAGAUAAAGAAACUACCAAAGUGCCUACGAUUCACACCGUAUCUUAUCGCGAACACUCUAUUGAUCGCUCACCAUACACCGCGCUCGCCUCGCCUUAAACGGACGACAGAACCAGCCUUAUUGUUCAAUUUAACUUUAAAACGUUAUUGUGGCCGCGAUGUUACCGGUGAAGUCAUAAUGUGCGCCGUAUAAAAAUAGAACCGUGCGUUUACAGGAAAAUAGUGUCAAUAACAAAAGUGUUGCGGUUUGUAAUCGAGCGGAAAUGGCGGCCAAAUCGCCUACAUUAAGUUUGAAGUCGCGGGAAAUCAUCGGUGUGGAUCAGUUCAGUCAGCGCCGCGAAGUGUUCGACAAACACGACACCGUGUUCCUCCCGCUGCCGUCGCCCACCAACCUGGCGCCCUCUUACGUCGAAGUCGAGCCUAUAGUCACGUCAAACCACGGAAAGACUACCACCAAUUUCAAACGUAACAGCCCUGGAUAUUCAAGCAUGAAGGAAUCGCGAAUGGACAACUCGGAUGUUUUCGAAUUCCGAACACGUAAAUAUUCCGACAAUUUCACUUCGGAGUCGAACCAGGAUGACGAUGUGGAUUACAGGCGGAGCAUGACUGAGCGAACUCGGCGAUUAUCCAAGUUACGACGAGACUUCUUAACUUCCAACUUACACGAGCCCAGCAACGAUGGCUCAUUCACACGCGCCGGCACCCGCGCUUCCAUGCCGGUAAGAAGCGGCUCCAUAAACUACAAGAUAGAGAGUCCCAAUUUGUAUAAAUUUCCAUUUGCGGAGCGAAUCGCAACUCCACCUUCAGUGCGCAAAGUUACCGUGGACUUAGGUCCGUCGGAAGUCGAUAGUGGAAAAGAGAACCAAGAUCCUGAGUUUAGAUCCAAAAUCGUCAGCUUGCCAGAUACUGAUGCUUUGAAGAAACUAGACCAUCAAAAGAUGUUCGAGGAACUUGUAAAACGAUAUUCGCCACAACGCAAGCCGGUCGACUGGAAGAUACCUCCCACCAAACCCAGGAUAGUAGAUUCAGUUCCUAAACUAACCACACCCAGCAUGGCGAGCCAAGAGAGCUCGGAUAGUAAGAAACAAAUAGAUGAUAAGACAGUCAAACCAGAAGAUGAAGAUGUUUUCCAGAAGAAGCCUGAAAAUGAAGUAAGUUUAGUUAUUGAAGAGAACGAAGUAGAAUCAAAGGACACCCGUAAUGGGUCCGAGAUUAUUAUACAAGAAGCAGAUGAUAACAAAGAAAGAGAGUCUAAAAUAUCUCUGACAGAGCUAGCUGAGAAGAACGAUGAAGUGCCAGAAUUAUCGACAUUCACUCGACAAAUUAGCAAGGAAUCGGCUAAAAGGCCACCUUUAGACAAAAUAGUUGAUUUAACGAUCCCCGAUUUGCUAGAGAAGAUGAAUGUGGAAGGCGAGAACUUAGAGCACAAGAAAGACCAGAAAAAGGUGAAACGGAAGAGAAGUUUUCUGGACAAACUACUCGGGCGUAAUAAAAAGGAUAAAGUUAUAGUUGGUAAUAAUGGUAAUGAUAUAUAAUAAUAUAGUCGCUGCGUUGCACCUACUACACCUGCCAAAGACUAUCAAGAGUAUCAAGGUUGAUUGGUGAUAAAAUGAUGAUGUCAAAGUUUACAUAUAAGAAUAUUUUAAUACAUAUUGAAGCGGUAGUAUUUUCGAUAA